CUAAUCAGAGAAGCAGCGGAUGCCAGCAAAAAGCGUCUCCAGAAAAAACCCCAAACAUAUGUCUCCCUUCAAAAGAAAAAUCUGCUUUUUCACAGCUACAAAGGAUUGAAAACAAAUUUUGUCAUCAAAUGUGGAGCUGUGCCAAAUCACAGGCAGCCAGAAGAAAGCUUUGGCACGGAAAGAGCUUUGAUGGCGAGAGGAACAAAGAUGAAACAGCUUUGAGUGAGAAAAAGAGCCAUGACAUUCUUCCAGCCCAAAGAGAGAGAAGCUCUGCUGUUCUCUCCGCUGCUCACUCACAGACCUGUUUGCCUGGGAGCCCUGCUGUGAUCUCUGGUCCAUCCAGAAUGUCCCCUCUGUCCCCCAGGACAGCCUCAGGACAGUGCAGUCCUGCCAGGAAUUGGGCUGUGCAUGGAAAAGGCUCAGCUGGGACGUGGGCACCUGCAAAGAGCCUGGACAUCCCUAGAAGGGACAAUUUCAGGGAGCUGGGAGAUUCAAGAGGAUUCCCAGCACAGAAGGAGAAAUCUCCCUGCUGCCUGCAUGGCCCACCUCGCUGCCCUGCAGGGAGCAGCUCCUGCUCCGUCCCAUGUGGCAGCAGCACUCCCGUGCCCAUGGUUCUCCUGCUUCCCACAUCCCACCUGUCAGCAGCCAGCAAGGCCAGAGAUCCAAGGCUGGAAGAGCUGUGGGUGAAAGCACCCCAAAAUAAGUUAGAGCAACUCAAGAAGAGGAUCCAGGAGCAGAAGAGAAAGCAGCAAGCAGCACCCCGGGAAGAGGAGCGCCUGAUUUUUGCUAAGGACCCCCUGCCAAAGAGAGCCCUGAAAAGAAAGGUUUGCAGAGUGGCCUCUGCUCCUCCUGCUCCAGCUCACAGAGACCAAAGAGAGAGAAGCUCAGCAUGGAGAAUUCAAACAGAACACCAGAGGCAGCUUUCAUCCAAGUCCUGUGUUCUGGAGAGAGCAGUGGCAGGGAAAGGUGUGAAUCUACCUGGUGUUUCUGCAUGGAGAGAAGGUCAGAAGUUGUCUAGAAGACUGCUGGGUCCACCCCCUCCACUUCCACAUUUGAGGAGCAGAACUGGAGAGCAGAGCACAGCAAAGAUCUUUGAACCUUUGGAAGGAGGUCGAGGACUUGGGGCAAUGCCAGUGGUGGAAAACAGCUCCAGAGUGAAGGGAAAUGAGCCUGUGGGGAGGAGCCCUGGAGCCCAAAGCUCUGUGGUGGCUCCCAGCAAGGCUGGAAGGGGCAGCACUGCACCCACAGAGGGUACAAACCAAGCACUCAGGAACCUUCUCUUGCAAAGGCAGUCCUGUGAGGAAGACAGACAUAUCAGGCUCCCCAGAGAUCCCCCAGUGAAACACCAGGGGAUCCAUUCUCCUUCCCCUGGAAUUUCAUCAAGGAAAGAUGGAGCCAAGCCCAGCACCUCAGGAAGCUGCAGCAGAGGAAGAAGUGCAUCUCCUCAGAGACAGAAAGAAUCUGAGAAAGAAAACCUUAUGCAACCUUCAAAGAGGAGGGCAAACCUUAAAAAACCUCACCCCUACAGCCCUGAAAGUGUUCAGGAAUUUAUGUAUCGAAAAAAGGCAGAAAGAAAGAGAAAACUCCUCAAAGAGAAGAAGUCUUUGGCACAGGCUGCGGAGAUGAAGAAGAGGAGGUUGCAAGAAUUGUACAGGAGACAAAAAGAAGCUAUUGGGAAGAAAUCAUGUCCUAAUGAGAUGUACAAACCUGUUGGGAAAACAGGUUCUGCCAAAGGAAAUCCUCAGUGUGAGCUGGAGCAAGAGCAAACCAGUGGGGGAGUAUUGGAAAGGAGUUUCAUGGCCUGGGUGGAUGAAACAUCCUCUCCUCUAUCACCAGAAGAUCACAGAGGCAGCUGUUCACCUGAUGAUGCCGAUACUCUGCUCUGUCCCCAGCAGAGCACAGCCAUUCCAUGCUUCGGAGGUUCCAGCACCUUCCAUGGUUCCAGCCUGGCCGUGGUGGAGCAGUGCCUGAGGGCAGAGGAGCUGCGGGCUCGGCACCAGGCAGUGCUCCUGCAGCUCCGGAGGAAGGCUCUGAGGGAGAGGGCCAGGGCCGAGUUGGCCUGGCUGGGCCAUCACAGACGUGUUCUGGAAAACCUGAAGGAUAGUACAGGAGCCUCUGCCAUGGCAGCAAAGCAGUACAAAAUCCUGAUGGAGCUGAAACGGGAGCAGGCAGAAAUCCAGCACCUGAAAAACAUCCACAGGGCAGCCCAUCAAGAAAGGAAGCUUUUAUUAAAGCAGCAGAGAGAAAUCUUAAUGAUGCAUCAUUCAACAGCACAACUCCAGGAAAAUCUGCACAGUUUGGCUGGGAAGCAGGAGGUUGUGAAGUCAGGGAGUCAAGACAAUUGUGUCCAGCUAAAGCAUAAAAAGAGCAAGAAAUAUGAGGGCUUUUCUACUGAGAACAAGGAAUCACUGGUACAACACCAGAAGCAGGUGAAGGAGUUGCCAGGUUUGGAGCAGUGCCUCAAUGCUCAGGAUGAUGUUUUCUUACCUCUGGAACCUACAAAUUCAGCUGGAAUGGAACCUAUAGCCACACUUCUUACAAGAAAAGGCCGAAAGUGUGUAUUUCUGGAAUCUGUGCUGGAGGAAAAGGCACUUCUUUCAAACCCUGAUCCUGAAGAUAAUGAAGAUAUUAAUCCAUGUGGCAGAAAGAGCCCAGUGAAAGGCUUGGGGAUGCUUCCUACUUGGUGUAACUUAUGCCUGGUUCAGGAGGAAAAUACUCUUGAAGGAACAGUUAAAGAAGUGGAAGUGCCUGUUCCUUCUGAGAUCCAUCAGGUGGAUGCCAGUCAGUGUUUGAAGCAUUUGGACCAUAUUUCUCAUGAAGCUUCUGAUGAAGGAAAUUUAAAAGCAUUUUCUGAUGGAUCAACUUCCAUGGAAUCACUGUCCAAGUCAAAUAACUACUUUUUGCAAUAUGAAAGUGCCAAAUCAGACUCUUCUCACUCAGAAUUUCAGAAAGUGUCUGCAGUUUGGAUCAGCUUCUCAAAAAAUUCCAUUUCAGACCCAGAAUUAGAGCUGAAACACGGAGAGGACACAGACAUCAGUGUCCCAGAAGAGUUUGUCUGUGACAGUGCUGAUGUGUUUGCUAAUAUCUCAAAAGAGAUGCCAAUAGCAAUAAGAAAUGGAAAGGAAACAUCACCUAGUGACAAACACAAUGAACAUGAGCUGCCUGAAGAUGACAGAGCUGAGACGUCAUCCCUCUCCCAGAAAUACCCUGGAGAUAUGUUGGGUCAUGGCUGCACUGAUCACCUGCUUUCCUUCAUCCCAGCAGAUGAAGCAAUUGUUUCCAGAACCAAGUCAGCACAUUUCUCCCAGUCAGAAAACCCUUCAGAGAGAGUGGAUGAGCCACACCUGAGUGCCUCACAAAGCUGCAGCAGAAACAAGCCCUGUUCUCAGGAAAUCCUAACACUGGGAAAUGAUGCAGCUGCCAGCCCUUCAUGCACUGAUGCAACCUCCAGCAGUGAUAAGGGUCUCCCUCCAACUGACAAGGGUACCUUGUCGGAAAUGCUAUGUCCUGUGGGUGAAGUAUUGUCCUCUGGAAGUGCUGACUUGCCAUCCUCUAACAAAAAGGAUUUGUCAUUUCCAAGUGAAGAUCUUCCUCCUCCCCCUUUAGGUGAAGAUGCAAUGAAAAAUGGUGAUCCUGCCUCCAGCAUGGAUGAUUUCACAUCUCCACUGGAACAAAUGACAGGCUCAGAGUCUAGUCAGGGCAUGGAUGAAGAUCUAUUGCUGGAAAUGGAUGCAUUACCCCCAUUACCUGAUAACACUGUGCCUGAAGAAUUUCCCCUGCUCAGUACAGAGACAAGUGGUGCUUUUUCAGCUCAGGAUGGUUGUCUCUCAGAACAAUCUAUUACAGCUCUUUCCAGCUGUUUAUCAGAAAACCAGCAUGGAGAACAGGAGAUGCCUUUGCAGCAUUUGGAGUUUCUGCCUGUGUCAAAUACAGAUUCUUCUGGUAGAAGUAAAAGUCCUGAAUUCCCAAUGAAACAAUGCAAAAUGUGUGAAAAGCUGCCCAGUGCUGAGGACAGUGAUGACCCAUUAUCAUCAUUUGAAACUGGGGACAGAGUGUUGGUAAAGCAGAGCCAGCCUGGAACUCUGAUGUUCAAAGGCCAGACUCAUUUUGGCAGUGGCCACUGGGCUGGUGUAGCACUGGACAAAGCUGAAGGUCACAAUGCUGGAACUUAUGAAGGGGUGAAGUAUUUUGAGUGUGCUCAGUACUGUGGGGUCUUUGUCAGACCUGAUGAGAUUUCACACCUGUUUGGGGUUAACAAAAAUUGUUCCAGUUACAUGGGGAAUGAAGACUCUGACUCCUUCCAUGAUGAUGACUCCCUCAAAGGAGACUGCAACUAUUCUGAAGAUGGUGUGCAGAGAGUGGGACUUGCAGAGGAGAAAGCAGAAGACACAAGCAGUGCAGGAGGUUCCGAAGUAAAAGAAAACCAGUCUGGAUUACACCGGGCCUUGCUGUGUGGAAAAGGGCAAAAGCUUCCCCAUUCCAUUCAGUGUAACUGUACUGAAUUCCUCUGUCAAAUGAACUUAAUGUGCUUGGGAUCAGAUAAAGAAAAACCAGAACUGGCACAAAUAAAACAAACUAUAUUUGCAGAUGCUCUUCCAAAGAAAAGCAAGACAGAUGAGGUAAACACAAGCAAAAAUAUUUGUUGCUUGGUAGAGGAUCAGAAAAGAAUUAAACUUGCUGAUGAUAUUGCAAGUGAACUCAGUGAAAAACUUCUGUUUGACAUUUUAAUUGCAUUUUCUGAAACAGCUCAACACAAAUAUAAAAGUGCCUUUGAAAAAGACAUGAUGAAUUAUGGCAAAGGCCUGAGGCAAGAAGACAAUCAGAAACCAUUUCCCCUCAAAGAAAAUUCAGUUGCUGCCUUAUCUGAAUCAUCAGCAAAGGUUUCUGAUGUUUUACUGGGUGAUUUUGAUACGCUUUGCAUUCAUGGCUGUCACACAGUAACAGACAGAAUUGUAACUAAAUUUAUAGAUGAUGCAGUUAAAGAAUAUAAGAAGAUUAAAAGAAAACACAGAUCAAAAGCAGACAAGAUACUUCAUUUAUCUCCAGAGACUUCUCCAACCACUUUGCCUCUCCUUUCAAAAAUCCUUGAUGCUGGUGUUUUUGGAAGCUCUGAAGAUUUUGAUCAGCCUAAUUGUGACCAAAACAUGCUGGUGAGACAGACACAAAAGCAACACUUGUACAAAUUAGACCAGUGGCACUCAGCUCCUUGGAAGAAAACUGUGGAAGUUCCUCUUGUGAUACCACAUAACAGUUCUUAUGUUAAAAAUUUGUCUGCAUAUGCUGUGGAAGAAUUAUGGACCCCAGAGAACAUGAAAUCAAAUUUCAGGAACAUCAACGUGCCAAAGUACUUGGAAUCUAGUGAUCUCCCAGGGAAUGAUUUGGAAGCAGAAAGCAAGAGGAUGUAUAAUCAGGUUAUAUUUGAUUUGAGCCAUGAGUUGCUGUGUGCAGAAUAUCAAGUGACUGCAAAGCCAAAUAUGCUCCCACGGAUGGAAAAAACUGUGGGAUCUCCCUGUUCCAGGCAUCUCUGCAGAAGGACAGAUGUCAGUGAUGUCAAGAUGUUUGUUCAGGGUGAAAUUAUUAAAAUAAUGAACCUGGAAAAGAAUGACUUAGAAAUGAAAAGAAAAUUCCUAAAUAUGACCAAGUAUGGAAACAGUAAGAGAGACAGAGUGGACCUUAUUCUGAUCCAGGAGCUCCGCAAAGAAGAAUCUCAGUGGACUUCCUAUGGUGAUGAUGAAUUAACAGUGAAGAUGAGGAUGACUGAAGCCAUAUUUGAUAGCUUGAUCCUUGAUACAAUCAGAGUUCUUAAUAAGAUUUAUCUGAAAAAAGCCUGUUUGAAAGGUGACUGUGCACCAUCUUUUUUCUUUUAAUACACCGUGCAACUGGUUAAAAGGAGCCUGGAGCUGGCACAGAGAAUGUCAGGACCUGGAGCCAGACAUUCAGGUUAAAUGUCUAUAAUUUUAUGCAAAUGAAGUAAAUAGUAAUGUGAUGCACUUUAAAUUGGGGAUUUUUCUAUCAGCACCUUCAGUUCCUAACAAUUAGAUGUGUGCCUGUAAUUGGGUUAUUUAUCAUGCAAUUCACAGGAGCCCAUUGAAUUUUUACAAUAUCCAAAUGUGAGGUGCUGAGAAUGUACUUUAAUAGACAAAAGAGAGGAAAUCAAUACUUUUUAUAUUGGCAAAACUGGAAAAAAAAAUCAAGAUUUUGACAAGGAAAUAGGAGCAUAGUAAUUGUUCACUAUGCUAAUUGCUGUGGUCCCACCUAUUUUAUACUGAGAGAAUCAAAUUUUUGUUAGUUCUUUCUAAAAUAAAUACUCUGCAAAUAUUUCUUACUGCAAUUCAGAAACUGUUCAUUAUUGAAUAGUUGAUUGUUAAGAGAUCAGUAUUUUUUCCAAUCCUAUUCAUUCAGAGUGUCUUUUAAAUAAAAUUAAAAUCAGAAUCAAUAAAGAUAAAUUAUAGAUAAACUUAAGAUUUAAAAAUACAACACUUAAAAUCUGCUUGGGGGAAUAGAAAGACAUUUUAUGUUUGUAUUUCUAAAUACUGUUGGCUUAAUUGUUUUUUGAAUAAAAUAUGAUAUAC